AUGAGAAUGAGUGAGGAGCAGAGACAAGGAAGAGUCCCCAUGGAGGCGAUGAUUACAGGGGGGCUUAUCAGAGGCGGUGGUGGGGGGCACUGGGGGGGUGAAGCGACGGAGCCCGCUGCGCCUCACUCUGCCAGACGCCGGCGUUCAGAGCUCACUGUCGCUAUGUCUCUCGGUGAGUACCGCUAUCAUCUUAUCAAUAAUUAA